GGAGACAAGUCCAGAAAGAAACCUUACGGGGAAGAAGCCGCUGGUACGAGCAGUCCAAGUGGAGGGGGUGUUCUCUGAGCUAUGGAAACACAGACAGAGCAGUGAGGAGGGACAGACUUCAGACAUGUUGGAUGGUUGAGGCGGAAGAGGAGAGCACGAGCUGGACUGAGGAGACACGCGCACCGAAGUUUGGGCUGAAGAAGUUUCCAGCUCUACGGCUUAGCUUGAUCUGGACCAUCGGAGCGGUUUUCCUCCUUCUGACACAUUCCUACGAACCAAAGACACAAACCAUGGUGUCCUGGAUCAUCUCGAGGAGCGUCGUGCUGGUGUUUGGGACGCUGUAUCCUGCGUACUACUCUUACAAAGCUGUCAAAACCAAAAACGUCAAAGAAUAUGUGCGGUGGAUGAUGUACUGGAUUGUGUAUGCCCUCUACACUGUGGUGGAGACCAUCACUGACCUGACAUUGGCCUGGUUUCCUCUGUACUAUGAGCUGAAGGUGGCCUUUGUGAUCUGGCUGCUGUCUCCGUACACCAGAGGAGCCAGUCUCAUUUACAGGAAGUGUCUUCACCCCCUUCUGUCUUCCAAAGAGAGGGAAAUAGAUGAGUACAUUGUGCAGGCCAAGGAGAGGAGCUAUGAGACCAUGGUGAACUUUGGGAAGCAGGGACUGAGCAUCGCCGCCACUGCUGCCGUCUCCGCAGCUGUGAAGGGCCAGGGUGCAAUCACAGAGAAGCUUCGCAGCCUGAGUAUGCAUGACUUGACCCAGAUCAGCCAGCAGGAUGACAGAGGCAGAAACCAGCUGUACCAGUACAGCUCCCACUCAGCCAACCCCGCUGUGAGGAGGUCCCAGAGCACAGAUGCAGCAGACGGGCCAGAGUAUUUCUAUGACCAGGAGGACAGGUCGGAUGAAGACGCCGAGCCCACCUUCUCUGAAGAUGAGGCCGUGACUCAGAAGGGACUGAGACGAUCACAGAGCGUCAAGAUCACCCGAUCCAAAGUCCGCAAAGACGUUCGUUAUGGAUCCUUGAAGAUUAAAGGCAAGAAGAGACCAGCGCUGAGCUCGGUCAACUACGGCAUGUGAACACUACUGCCCCUUGCUGAUGGCAUCGGCCCGUCUUCCUCCUGUCUCUGAUUGGCUGCCGGUGUCGGCCCGUCUUCCUCCUGUCUCUGAUUGGCUGACGGCGUCAGCCCGUCUUCCUCCUGUCUCUGUGAUUGGCUGACGGCGUCAGCCCGUCUUCCUCCUGUCUCUGAUUGGCUGACGGCAUCGGCCCGUCUUCUUCCUGUCUCUGAUUGGCUGACGGUGUCGGCCUGUCUUUCUUUUUUCUCUAAUGAACUCUUUUCUCUUGUGAUUAGCUUUCUGCUGAUGUAUUUAUUCUCAGCUGCUCCAGCACAUUGGAUUUUACUCUAGAUCCCUUUUCAUUCUCUUUGAGUUUUGAUGGACAACAUUGUUUGUUUUGCAUGUGUGUGUUUCUCAUUUUUCAUUAGGAAGUUAAGUUUUUAGAUGUGUUGGUAUAUGUGUAGUGUUUCAGAUUUUGGCUUCAUUUUGUCCACAUAAAUCAUGUUGAGUGUCUUGUAAAUUGACAGUAAGCUUUUGUACCAGGACCAUCAUGUGACAGUUGAGUGUGAGUAGAAACAUGGACGGUGUUGAUUGGACAGUGUCUAUUGCCUGUAGUUCAGGAGGUAAAUGUCUCUGGUGGAUGAAAUGCUGCAGGACAGCUGGACCAAAUGACACUGAACACUUUAUUAACAUUAAUGACAGACUUCAUAUUCAGAUGCAGAGUUUGUCCACUGGGGGGCAGCAGAAGCAGCUGAACUCUGCUGUGGUUUCAGCCUUUGUAGGUGAACAGAUGAGGAGCUGUAGUUGUCCUUUAGAACAGGUGCACUCACAUCACACUUCAUUGACCUUUAAACUAAAACUAACUGUAACUUUAGAAUAAUUUAAAUAGAGUCAGUCUGUCAUAACCCCACCAAAUGAACAGGAGACAUACAUGUUGUAUCUGCAGAUGCAACUGUUUCAUCAGCCAUUACAUUACGUGUUGACUGUUUCAGUAAUCUGUUUAUCAGAGUCAUUUUUAAGACAAAAAAAAUACAGAUUUUUUUU